AUGUCGCCAGAUAGAGGAGGGGCCUGGUGGCAACGCCUCCUCGAAGAGAUUGCUUUUACAGCCCCGUUGGCUAUCGGAGGCUACUACCUGGUCAAAUAUGUGCUGAGGCAGAUGAACUAUGACCCUGAGGCGGAGCAAAAAGAACAGACACGUCUGCAAUCUUCCGCUAUCCUGCGUAGGCUGGACGAUCCUAAGCGCGAUCAGCAAACACAGCCUCCGGGUUCUCGUCGCCCCAACCGAGGAGAGCUGCAACUGUCGCCGUAUGAACAAAAUAUCCUACAAGACUUGGUGUUUCCGGAAGAUAUCCCUGUCACAUUCGACGAUAUUGGGGGUCUAUCUGAUAUCAUAGAAGAGCUGAAAGAGUCGGUGAUAUAUCCGUUAACCAUGCCGGAACUUUACUCGACCUCAUCUUCUCUGCUAUCGGCACCAUCAGGGGUACUGCUAUAUGGGCAACCUGGGUGUGGAAAGACAAUGUUGGCCAAAGCAUUGGCACAUGAGAGCGGCGCAUGCUUCAUUAAUCUCCACAUCUCGACAUUGACCGAAAAAUGGUUCGGCGACUCAAACAAGCUUGUGAAUGCCGUCUUCUCCCUUGCUCGGAAGCUCGAACCGGCCAUUGUUUUCAUUGACGAGAUCGAUGCGGUGCUAGGCACCCGGCGAAGCGGGGAGCACGAGGCGAGCGGCAUGGUGAAAGCAGAGUUCAUGACCCACUGGGAUGGGCUGGCUUCCGCAUCAUCAACCGGUCGGCCUCAACGGAUCCUGGUUCUAGGGGCCACGAACCGCAUUCAAGAUAUUGACGAUGCGAUCCUACGACGAAUGCCAAAGAAAUUCCCAGUGUCGUUACCUAACACAUCACAACGGUUAAAGAUCCUAAAAAUCAUCCUCAAAGAUACCAAGAUCGACAAGUCACAAUUCGACAUGGAGUAUCUUGCGAGGGUCAUGUCCGGAAUGUCUGGAAGCGACAUCAAGGAGGCUUGUCGGGAAGCAGCAAUGACACCGGUCCGGGAGAUGAUACAGCGUCAAAUACAGAGUGGACAGAGGAUUGACCAAAUGAAGGCUGGAGAUGUGCGACCUCUCCGCACGACCGAUUUCUUCAAACAAGGGGCGGAGGUCACGCGGCCCAGCCGAGCCAUAGAGGACGGAGACAAUCGAGCAUGGAGUACUGUGUCGUCGUCGUCGGGAGUGAAUUCGCAUAUGGAGGAAGCGCUGGAACAGCCCCAACAAUAA